AUGUGGAUGAUUAGUUCUUGGCUUGGAAAAGAUGUGAAGAAGAUUCUCAAACGCAAAGACAGUGAUGCUGGUGAAAAAGGAAAAGCACUCGAGGACUUGCGAUCAUCUUUAUUCAACAGAUUCCGUUCGCCGGAAACUCCAAAGAGACAGCAGCAACAACAGACGCACCGUAUCUGUGGUCCAACUGUUGCUCUCACAUUCAAUUUCUUUGUUGCCAUCAGCAUUAUCUUCAUGAACAAAUGGGUGCUUAAAAACAUAGGCUUUGAGUUUCCAGUGUUCCUCACUUUCAUUCACUACAUUGUAGCUUAUCUUUUAAUGGCUCUCCUCAAAUCAUUUUCGCUCCUUCCUGCUCCUCCGCCUUCCUCGAAAUCAUCGUCUGUCUCGCUCUACACUCUUGGCAUUGUGAUGUCACUCUCUACAGGACUCGCUAAUGUUAGCCUUAAGUAUAACAGUGUUGGAUUCUACCAGAUGGCGAAAAUCGCAGUCACGCCUUCUAUUGUGUUUGCAGAGUUCUUAUGGUACAGAAAAAGAGUUUCUUUCAUGAAGGUGGUUGCACUAACAGUUGUAUCCGUGGGAGUUGCGGUUGCGACUGUAACAGAUUUACAGUUUAGUCUGUUUGGUGCUUGUGUGGCAUUAGCAUGGAUCAUACCGAGCGCAACCAACAAAAUCUUGUGGUCCAAUAUGCAGCAACGAGAGAACUGGACUGCUUUAGCGUAUGUUGAUGUGGAAGACGACGCCGAUCACUCUGUUGUUUCUAGUAUCGAUGAUUCCGUUCUUGGAUCCACCAGGCGCUUUAUCCUUCGAUUGGAGUUUUGCAAAUACAUCUGCGAUUCUUUCUUCUGCUUUUCUCGGUUUCUUUCUUCAAUGGUCUGGAGCCUUAGCUCUCGGGUAAGUCAAGCUUCAUAUGUGCAUUAUUGUCGUUUGCUCGGUUCGGUUCUGUUAUUUCGGUUCAAAGCUUUCAUAUUGGAACCAGCGUUUCUCAAGUCCGGUUUUGUCCAUCUUGGUUCCAGAGCAACUUCUGCAAUUACUCACGUGGUACUGGGACAGUUUAAGACCUGUGUCCUACUCCUUGGAAACUUCUACAUUUUCGGGUCCAACAGUGGGGCGAUUAGCGUUUGCGGUGCGAUUGUGGCGAUUAUGGGGACUUCGUUGUAUACUUACCUUAACACGAGAGGUCAAGCGCUUAAGGCUUCGUCUUCUCCUCCUUCUUCUUCUCCUUCAGACAAGAAGUCAAGGUUCAAUGAUCUUAAAGAUGAUGAGAAGAAUCUUGAACCUUACGGCUCUGAGGCGUUUUGGAGAUGUAAAUUUGGUAUGUGCUGA